GGAAGAAAAAGUGAUGAAUGGAAGAAGAAGCGGGUUGAAUGAUUUGAGCACCUUUGUUGACCAGAUGAUCUAAAGGCUAAGAGUAGUAGAUGUCUUCAAAUACACAUGCAUUAGCUAUUUGAUAUAAGCAAGCCAUGGAUAAGGAUAUGAAUCAAAUGCUGGAGGACUUGUCUCGGAUUGAAGUGGUUGCUGAAGACAUUCUUGCUGGUCGCAGAGAGUUAAUAGACUUGGACAGACAACGAAACAAAACAAGAGAGGCUAUGAGAGCACUACAGCAGGAUAAAGGAGCGGAUAAAAAGGCAUGGAUUUGUGCGGGGAAAAUGUUUUUAAAAGUUGAUCAGAAAAAAGCAGUACAGAUGUUGUCUAAAGAUUACGAUAUUCUUGAUGGUGAAAUGAGCAGAGUUCGUACAAGUUUAAAAGUUAAAGUGAAUGAGCUGCAUGAUCUAGAACAUAAGGACCAUCUAAAAGGAUUUAAUCUCUCUCCCCUUUCAUCUGCUGAGCUCAAGUCUGUACAAAGUCUUUUAUGAUUUAUUUUUUGUUUCUGGCAUUUUUUCAUAGGAUAUUCGUACAUUUUACCAUUUUGUUUUUAUCUGUAAUGGCUUGUAUAAAUAUAAUGCCUCAUGUUCAAUGCUUGUUGAUUUUGAAGUUAAUGUUUUGAAAUAAUGUCAUAUACUAUUUAAGAUUUUACUAGUUGAAUGUUUAUUUAUUAAACUGUUGAUUUAA